GAUGAUGUCGCUGCUAUCGUAGUUAGGUGCGCAGGCGCACAGCCGUGUUGUUGUCGGCGGCGGUAAGAUGGCGGCGAUCGGGGAUACAUCAGCUCUGGGGCUGAACGGGUUAAUACAGCAAUUUACAGCCAUAACGGGUGCGACUGAGAGUGUUGGGAAACACAUGCUAGAGGCUUGUGACAAUAACCUGGAGAUGGCUGUGACUAUGUUUCUGGAUGGAGGGGGUAUGGUUGAGGAGCCUAGCACCAGCUCCAGUUCUGCAGGGGCUUCCAGCAGCAGAGCACCCCCUACAGAGGAGGAGGUGCGAGCCCCUAUACCACAGAAGCAAGACAUCCUGGUGGAACCAGAGCCACUGUAUGGAGUGCCAAAAAGACGACGGCCAGCCAGAUCCAUCUUCGACGGCUUCAGAGACUUCCAGACAGAGACUAUCCGACAGGAGCAGGAGCUGAGGAAUGGCAGCACAGUGGAUAAGAAACUCAGCACCCUGGCUGAUUUGUUUAGGCCCCCCAUUGAGCUAAUGCACAAGGGCAGCUUUGAGACGGCCAAGGACUGUGGACAGCUGGAGAACAAGUGGCUGAUGAUCAACAUCCAGAACGUGCAGGAUUUUGCUUGUCAGUGUCUGAACAGGGAUGUGUGGAGCAAUGAUGCCGUGAAAACCAUCAUCAGAGAGCACUUUGUGUUCUGGCAGGUAUACCACGACAGCGAGGAGGGGCAGCGCUACAUCCAGUUCUACAAACUGAACAAGUUCCCUUACAUCUCCAUCCUGGACCCCCGCACAGGCCAGAAGAUGGUGGAGUGGAACCAUCUAGAUGCGCCGUCCUUCCUGGAGCAGGUGACGGGAUUUCUGACAGAACACGGGCAGCUCGACGGCCUGUCCAGUCACCCCCCUCCCGCCAAACGCGCGCGCUCUGAGAGUCUGAUUGACGCCAGCGAGGACAGCCAGCUGGAAGCCGCCAUUCGAGCCUCACUGGAGGAGACCCAUUAUGAAUCCCAGCAGACUCGGCCGGACUCGCGCUCUGAGGAAGACUCGGACGCAGAGCCCUUCUCAGACAGCGAGGGGCUCAUCUCCGUGGACGGCUCCGAUGAGGAGGCCCCCGUCCAGGCUCCACCUCCUUGCCCAGACAGCCCCGCUCGCCACAGGAAGUCCCCACAUAAAGAGUCCAGCCACAGGAAGGAGGAGAGCAAGAAGAACCACCUGGAGAAGCCUGUCGUGUCACAGCCCUGCAGAGAGAGUCUCGGCACGGCGCGGAGGCAGAACUCGGGAUCGAGGGCGUGCGAGCCCGGCGCUGAGGAGCAUGGCAGUCCAGGCCAACCUAGCGACAGCGGUCCGAAGGCUCAGCUUAUGUUGCGCUACCCGGAUGGGCAACGGGAGCAGAUCGCCCUGUCUGCUCAAGCCACGCUCAUGGCGCUGGUGAGACAUAUCCAGUCUAAAGGUUAUCCAAACGAACGCUUCGAACUCGUCACCAACUUCCCACGACGGAAACUCUCUCACUUGGACUAUGACAUCACGCUGCAGGAGGCAGGGCUGUGUCCGCAAGAGACUGUCUUUGUGCAGGAGAGGAAUUAGGCCGUGUGACGCCCCUCAACCCCCUCACCCUGACAUCGCGCUCACUCCAGACCCACAGUGCUGCAGGCUCCGCCCCUUCCCUUCAGUGUAAUUGGCCCUAAGCGGUGUCCAUCAGCCGGUCGUCUGCCGCUCCAUUCUGUGUACAGUCCAUGGACACAGUUACCCAGCGAACACUGAACGGGGUCCCUGUUGCUACACAUACAUGAAGUCAAUGAGCGUUUGUAGAAUACGGCCUGACUGUAGAGACCAGCACCGGCCAUGAGCUGCUGGGAAAUAAAGAUGGUGGGUCACAUGAUGUUGGUUUCCAGAAACCAUGUGAUAUCUGAAGAGGACGUAAUUCUUGUCAUUCUUGUCAGUUAACGUUUUUCAUAUUAACGAGUUAGUGGCUUCCAGGCAGCUACAGCUUGGCGAUGCAGACCUGCUCCUCCUCUGAAGGGAGGGACGUCUGCGUGGUCAUGAGAAACUGGGAGCCUGCCAUCACCAUGGUGAUCCUGGACCAGAGACUGGGUGUAGUUAUUGACAUGUAGUUACAGGAUUUUCCUUUUUUUCCAUUUUCUUUGAUUUUUAUAUGACCUAUUUCCAGAAAAAAAAGUUGCUGAUUCUCAAAUAUAACCUUCACAUCAAAGGGGGCUUGUUCGUAUGUUCUGUCUGUCCAGCACGUGGAGGGCCCUCAGCCAAUCGCUGACACACAGUGGUAUGUUCCGCAUCGCUCUCCGCCAAUCAGUGGGGUUUAGGCUGUGACCGAGCAGAAGACGGAGUUGGCGUCAGGGGCUGUGGCCUUGCCUUCGCCAUCCAGGACCCAAAGGGAACCAUCGACACUAUGCAGCAAACCCAGCUGACUUUGGCUUGGUGGAAGUUGGACCUCAGGUGCCGAUUACCUACUGGUACUGCACGGCCUAGUCCUGCAUUUCCUGGAACAGCCAUGUUUUUAAAUCUCUGCCAUCUGGUUGAUUUAAAUAGAUUGAGUGUUUGUGCAGAAAAAAAUACAGUGGUUGCCAUGGAGUUUAACGCAGUGGUGGAAACUCAGUUUGUGACACUUUGGAUUUAAACCGUGAAUUUGUGUUGGGUACAAAACUUAGAAUGCAUAACAUUAUAAAACUUAAAAGAUAUUCCUCAAAUUGGCAGUCUGCCUAAAAUUAACUUCUAAAUAGGCUGUUUCUUUUGUAGCCAGAUGAGAGCAGUCAAAGUAAAAUAUCUAGGUAAUAUUUUUUUCCCUCAAUUAUUCUCCAGUGAGGUGAUGCAGUGGGUAGCAUUGUAGCCUUACAUAGCUAGGGUUGUGGGUUUCAUCCCUAGGCCCAGGUGUAUGGAGUUUGCAUGCUGUCCCCUAGUACAAAAACAAGCCGUUAUGGUAAUUGAUGUCUCUAAAUUGCCCAUGAAGUGUGACUGUAUAUGUGCUGUGGCAGACUGGGAUUCCAUUCAGGCUGUCCCGUGCUUUGUGCUUCCUGGUAUCGGUUGCAAGCUCCUGGUGACUCUGUACUGAAUAAGUGUGUAUGGAUGAAUGAUGGCUUUCAGUGUUUUACCUCCCUUGUUUUCCUAGAACAGAGGCCCUCGCAGACCUAUUUUCAGAUGAGUAUCAGAUAAGCCCCCCCCCCCCCCCCGCCAAAAAAAGAGAAUCUUACCUUUAAAUUGACACACCUGGUGCACCUGGAGUGUGUGUCUCUGAUUAGGUAGAUCAGCCCUGACUGGUUGUAUGCUAUAGAGGGGGUGGAGAUUAAGGGCAUAACAGACAUGCAUCAGCCAUUUCGAAGCACCAUCCUUUCAUCCAAUUGAAAACCUGCAAGAUCUCUCUUGUUAGAAAUUUGAUCACUGUUCUUUUGACUGGGCUGUAGGAUGAAUGCCUUUUCACUCGACUUUAGUAUGUUACUGCACCCUUUUCUGAUUGGAUUAUCAAUUGCCCCUGGCGAGAAUAUCCUCAAUGUUUUCACUGUAAAUAAUGCACUGGGUAGGGGUGACUUUUAGUCAGUGUGUGUGUGUGUGUGUGUGUGUGUGUGUGUGUGUGUGUGUGUGUGUGUGUGUGUCUGUGUGUGUGUGUGUGUGUGGGUGUGUCUGUCUGUCUGUCUGUGUCUGUGCGAGUGCAUGUUUGGGUAAAACUUCAUGUGCUUUAAGGGACCAAACUUUUCUGUUUUAUGUACACAGCUUGUCUUAAUAUUUUACUUGAACAAAAUCAACCAAUAAACAGCUUUUUCAGUA